UGUCACUUUUACUUGAACUAGCGAUACAAUCACAACGCCACUAAAGCAGAAGAACAGAGCUCUUUUAUGAAGCUGAAUCCAGAUUCAUUUUCUGAAGGGAAAAGUGGUGAAAAUGAAGCUUCUCCUUAAUUUGCUCGCAAUGAUCCUGUUUUUACUCGACAAUGGUGCAUCUGGUGUUGGUAAAGAUGAAGUGUUUGUGUCACUGAAGGAGGGGGAUUUAGUCAGUUUUCACACCAGUGUUAAAACAAGUCAACAAAAUUAUAUUAAAUGGUAUUUUAAUGACACUUGCAUCGCUAAAAUCAGUGGAAAUCUCAGUCAUAUCUGUACAGAUGUUCAGUGUGAUAAUAGCACUGAGAGAUUCAGAGACAGACUGACGCUGGACAACCAGACUGGAUCUCUGACCAUCAGAGAUAUCAGAACCACAGAUUCUGGACUUUAUAAACUACAGAUGAACAGCAGCAACACAUGCAGUGAAAAAAACUUUAAUGUUACUGGUGUUUCUUCUACUGAACACAAUCAGAUGAAACAUGUGAUAAACGGAGAAUCUGUCACUUUAGAAUCUGGUGAAAAAGAAAACACUAAUGUUAUGACAUGGCAUUUUAAUGACAUUCCCAUUGCGAAAAUGACUGGAAAUCAGAAGAGAAUCUGUACAGAUGAUCUGUGUAAUAAUGGUACUGAGAGAUUCAGAGACAGGCUGAAGCUGGAAAAGGAUGGUUCUCUUAUCAUCACAAACACCAACAUCGCAGACUCUGGACUUUAUAAACUAGAGAUUAUCAUCAGUAACAGCAGUUUUUGUAUCACUAGACUGAGGUGGAGAUUCAGUGUCACCGUCUUCUUUCCUGCAGUGGGAAUAUGUGUUGCUGUUGUUUUUCUGCUGAUUGCUGCAACUGUAACUGCUGGUGUGAUUUACUGUCGCCACAAGAAAUAUAAACCGCAAUUAAAGAAAAUAAGAAUGAUAUUCAUAACUCGCCACCGAAUCCGAAAGACAUUGCUUAUGGGACUUGGUAUGACGUUAAAUCAGACUCAGGACGAGGCUGCUUAUAUGAUAAUGUAAUGCCAUUGAAAAUGUUGAUAAUUUCUUUGAAAGAAACAUUAGGAAAUGACAGAGAGACGAGGAGCUGACACUGCACUGUUUGGAGAAAUUGACCAGUUAAUUAUUCAUUUAUAGCUGUUUUGUGUAUUAAUGUGGCCAUUAAAAAAUAAAUAAAUAAACAGUA